AUGCGCUUCUUAGUGACACCGGCACUACGCAGUGCUGCGCUCUAUGUCGGCACAACGCUGUUUUGUUCCCUUGUUGGGAAGAUCGUCGUUACACGAUUCUUCUUCGACUAUCCUGUCGUUAUUCUUAUGCUACAAAUGGCUACGACCCUGUUUGUCGUGGAACUUUUGAGAUUUACUCCACUUGUAAUUCUUCUUGGCACAAAUGCUCUGACUCGCCAAGCUCGACUAGACCAUACCCAGCUGAUCGGUGUUGCCGCUAUCUCGUUCACUUCUUUCUUGACAGUGAAUUUUGAACUUUCUUUGGACCAAUAUUCCUUGUUCUAUGGAGUAUUAGCUGCUGUUCUACAGGCUGCUGCCUACAUGCAGUUUGAGUCCCUCUCUCACACUUAUCAGGCAAUGGAAUUGCUUUACAUGCAUUCUUUCAACUCGUUAAUAAUCUUUCUUAUUGCCGAUAUAGUGCAGGAUGAGAUCCGCGAUGCUUUUAUGUACAUGAUGACUUCGGCUCAUCCGCUCUUUGGCGGAGCGUUUGCCAUACUAUUGAUUUCGGGAAUUUUCCUCCAGUAUACAAUGUUUUCUUGUAUUGAGCAAAAUGGAGCGCUAACUACACAAAUCUUGUCGAACGUAAGGGCCGCAUUCCAGAUAUUCGUGGCUUACUUCCUCUCCCUCUAUCUAUUCUACGACGUUUCACCUGGAUUCUUCAACUAUGUGGGCCUCGUCUGCACUUUCGGCGCUGCCUACUAUCUCUACAGUCAGAGAAAUUCGGAUUCGAUGCCUCAGAAGAACGCCUGGGUCAACAAAGCAUAA